AUGGAAACUAGCCGUGAUGGAACGGCUACUCCUCCCGAACAUCCCGCCUACGGAGUGUACCUGACCGAGGACGCAAUCCGGUUCAUUGUAUCCAAGUGCUUACCAGCGCCGCCCAGCAACGUAACCAUUGAAUGUCUACAUCAUGACAAGUCCUGGAACAAUCGCAUCUACUUUGUGCAGACGUCCACAGCACCGUCAGCUCCGCGGUAUGUUCUCAAACUGGCUGGUCGCCCAUUUCGCCCAGCAGAAAUCGAAAACGAAGUAGCGAGUCUUUUGUUGCUUGGCCAGCUUUGCCCGAGCAUUCCCACCCCUCGGGUGAUUGCAUGGUCUCCGGAUGGCCAGAGCAUUCAGCAAGCCUCGGUGGGCCUGGCUCGCCCUAUAGAGAUCAUGCGAAAGGACAUUCCAUCCGGCUGGAUACUCAUGACCCGUCUCGAAGGCGAGGCAUUGGAACCAUCGACGGCCACUCCGGAAGAGCGGGAUGCAAUCGCGAAGCAGCUUGCGGAGAUUGUUCUUACAUGGCGACGAAAUAUACCGCGUUCCCGUUACUGUGGUAAUCUGCACUUUCGUUCUGCAGCAGACGCGACAGCACCGAUCAGUGUCGCAUACCAGCCUGGGCACGGCCUGCCCUCCCUUCAGGUACACGGCGUCCUCGAAAUCGGAUCCCAAUCCAGCGACCCACUCGAUACUACCCUUUCCUUUUGGAAGCAUCGGCUCGCCUUUGCGGUGGACACGCUCGCAACGUCAAGCUACCUGGCACCCAAUCGACAGAAUGGGAGACUUCAACGCCUUCGGAAGUUCAUUGACCUCAAUUUACCGAAUUUAUUGCACAACGAUCUGGGAGCUUUUGUCUUCUCCCACACCGAUUUGUCGCCACGAAAUGUCUUGGUAGGAGGAUCACCACUGCGCAUCGUCGGAAUCGUCGACUUUGAGUAUUCUGGUUUCUUUCCAGCAUUGCAAGAGUUUAUGGGCAAGUCGGUGGUCUCGCUCGAGGAGGACGACGAAGGUUGGCCGGUGGACAUGUUUACGACCAUAUUACAAAAGCUUGCUGAAUCGACUGAUGACGGAGGCCUUUCCGGCCAAUCUCCAAGCACGAGGGAGUGGAAGCUCACACAGACAUUGAUGCGAUUGGAGACGUACAUUGCUCCGUGGUGGCUGUCAGCAGGUUCUGAUGGUCUAGAUGCGGCUCUUCAAGAUGCGAGGGAAAAGGUCGAUCGCUGCUUAGCUAGCCUGCAGAGUGUGUCUACUUAUUUUAGGAGCGUUACGCUUUGA